UGCCCAUACUGGUUUUCGAUUCUGUUCCGGGCUCGAUCAGCCAUUUCCCUUCUUUUCGGUUUUGGAGAAUCCUAACCUGUUAUCGUCCACGCUUACAGUUUUGUUCUCGGAGUGAAUAUUGUAUUAUUUACAAGUUUAUAAGUGUUUCUCUAAAAAUGUUGACCAGUGGGAAGAUUAUCAAGAGUUCGGGCACUCCAGAUGCCUUUGAAAAUUCAAUUUCGCAAGCAUUGUUGGAGCUGGAAGUCAACAGUGACCUGAAAGCCCAGCUUCGUGAGCUCUACAUCACAAAGGCUAAGGAAAUCGAAUUCAAUGGCCGUAAAACCAUCAUCAUCUACGUGCCCAUGCCUCAACUGAAGGCUUUCCAGAAGAUCCAAAUCCGUCUGGUCCGUGAACUGGAGAAGAAGUUCAGCGGCAAGCAUGUCGUCUUCGUCGGCGAGAGGAGGAUCCUGCCCAAGCCCUCCAGGAAGUCGAGGACGAAGAACAUCCAGAAGCGCCCCAGGAGCCGUACCAUGACCUCAGUCUACGACUCAAUCCUGGAAGACUUGGUAUUCCCCGCUGAAAUCGUUGGAAAGAGGAUACGAGUAAAGCAGAUGGGUAAGCAACUCAUCAAAGUUCAUCUUGACAAGAGCCAACAGACCAACGUUGAGCACAAAGUUGAUACCUUUGUAAAUGUUUACAAGAAGUUGACCGGUAGGGAAGUAGCAUUCGAAUUCCCAGAGCCUAUUUUGUAAUUUUCCAUCUUGGCGCUUAAUCGAUGAUGUUGGUUUUAUGAUUGUUCAAUAAACAGACUUUUCGAUAUAAA